CUUGGCUGCACUUCGAUGUAUUCGUCGGGCAAGUAGAUCACAGAAGAUACUUCGGUAUUAACAACAGGAACUGCUUGCGAAUUUCGUGCGCCGCGAUGAUAAAUUUUUUUUCUCCGAUCGCGCCCUCAUCUAAAGCACAACAAGAAAGGAGAAGCAUAUGUGGUUGCAGGAAACAAAUCUGUUGUUUAUCCAGAUCUAGUACUUGCCGGAAACAAAUUUCUUCUACGCACCGUGAACUGUUUGGACCGCCUUGA